AUGGCUACAAUCGCCCUUCCGAGACCCAUUCCCCCGCACCGCCCAACGUCGACGGUGGGAUCCGUUCCAACCAUAGCGCUCGAGUCCAUUGGCACUGCCCAGGUGCCUGUACCAAACAAGCAUCUUCCAGUUUGCCCCCCCGGUCCCGUUCCCGCCGAGGAGCCCAAUACUCCUCCUCCGUCGCCUCCUCGCGAUGAUGAACUGAUACAGCAGACUUCGUUGUUGCACCCACCCGAUGACUUCUCCAAAUUUGAGUCGGGCCCGGCCACCGUUUAUACUGUCAGCCCCGCCGAUGUGGCUGCUGCCGUCGACUACAUCUCCCGUCAACCAUUACCAGAUCCGAACCAAGUAUUCCCGUGGUUCCACGGUCUCCACCCCCACAAUCAUAUCCAGCAAGCUUUCUUCAUCGCUCGUCACCGUUCACUCCGUAAAACGCCUACCUGUGUUCGGGGGGCCACGCUCAUUAAAGCGGACGGUGAUCUGAGCGUCGCUCGACUCAAAGGUGCUAUUGCCCCGCAAGAACUCGUCAAUCCCGCUUCCGCUGCCCCCGAGUUUCUCGACGUCGACCCCCGCGAUGGCUUUUGCGUGAGGAACUUCCAGAUCCAGGCAGCUAAAGCCGCCAUGGUUUCGGACAUUAUUGUGUACGGCGAAGAUGAUACGACUGUUCGCAAAGUGAGUCUCGACAUUGCGACGGCACAGCUUCGUUGGCGACAGAGACACGAGGCACAAGGCCACUCCGUUCCCGAAUACAACACAUUCAUGUGUUGUUCGCCAUUCAACGACUUUGAAAAUAAUCAUGAGGAGAUUGUUGCUGUAGAUGCCCGGGGUCAUCUAACUGGCAAUGUACUCGACUUUUUCCAUCAGGAGCGAAAGGAGAUGUAUAGUAUGACUAGAGCGUCGGAAAUCUCCCACAAUGUCUGGCUUGGCCCAACACCAGAGCCUACUUCAGCGGAGGACGAACAGUUCGAUGUCUUGAUCGAAUGUAGUGAUGUUGGCCGGCUUAACCCUUCAGCACUGCGGGCCUUGGCUGAGUCUCGGGUUGAGCCUGCUCAAAGACCCUACAUUGACUUCCCUUCCUCUGGAAGCAUCUUACCGCCCACAUGGUCACAGGCCGAAGCUGAUGGCAUUCUGGAAACUUGCAAGUGGAUAUAUCACUUAGCCUAUGGCACGCUCCCUGUCACACACAAAACCGAAAUCGAUGCGGACGGCGACACCGAUAUGAAUGGGCAGAACUCGUCGCCAGUUGUUAAUUUGAGAGAGAGGAAAGUCCUCAUUCACUGUGCCGAUGGAUACACCGAGUCUACCAUGCUCGGAAUCGCGUAUUUCAGCUACAGCACUGGGAGAGGCAUUGCCGAUGCCUGGCUGGACUUGCACACCAUCAAGAAGCGGAAUUUCUUCGCCUAUCCUACAGAUGUUGCUCUCCUUACAUGUAUCGAGGCCCGGUUACUCCAUGAGUCGCCUGUUCACUCGGGUAAGGGCCUUGGCGAAAUCACAGCAUUGAUAAAAGAACCAGCAUGGCUUCCCGGUCUCGAUGGAUCACUCCCCAGCAGAGUCCUCGACUAUAUGUACCUCGGCAACUUAUGUCACGCGAACAACCCCGACCUUUUGAGGGCUAUGGGAAUAAGCCAAAUUCUGAGUGUAGGGGAGACUUCGAUGUGGAGGGAAGGCGAGCUCGAGGAAUGGGGCCCCGAAAAUGUUUGUAUUGUACAGGGAGUUCAGGAUAACGGAAUUGACCCUUUGACGGAUGAAUUCGAGAGAUGCCUCGAUUUUAUUGAACGUGGACGGCGCAACGGAACAGCCACACUGGUACACUGCCGCGUCGGUGUGUCACGCAGUGCAACCAUUUGUAUCGCUGAAGUAAUGCGGUCGUUGGGUCUAUCGUUUCCCCAAGCAUACUGCUUCGUCCGGGCUCGCAGGCUCAAUGUCAUCAUCCAACCACACCUUCGCUUCGCGUAUGAGCUUCUCAAAUGGGAAGAACUCAACCAGGUGAAGAAGAAGGGCUCUUCGAGGGUCAAGAGGGAACUUGAAUGGGGGGAAAUCGCCAGAGAGAUUGCCCUGAUGAACCGUCCUUACGCCAGAUAA